ACUGCAACGUUAACAUGUUUAAUAGCAUGUACCAAAGUUCUUACAUUAUAACAGUAAUUGGUGUAUAUUUGCUCUAUAAUAUAAUAUAGCAAUAGAAAAUCUGUUCCAUGGAUUUGUGGAACAGAUAGGUCAUGAUGCUACUCCUACACUUCAUGUUGGUGUAUUAUAAGCACACAGUUGGAUGUAUCUGUUGCAAAUGGUCGGUCCCAAUCAGUCCCUAUUCUUUGCAGAUUUGCUAUUGGCUCCCAGGUAACCAGUCACAAAAUGACCAGAAUGUCUCGUCACACAAACAGCACCUGUGAGUUUCACACACUCAAACUGGGUCCCUUACAGCCUUCCACUUUACAUAUUUGCUAUAGGACAUCGGUGUUUGUCUAUAGUCAAUGAAAAUUUAUAGUCGAUGAAAAGUACUUCAAUCUUGAGUUAGAAUUUGAAGAUCUACAAAAUAAGUCAGUUGGAACUACAGGCCAAAUAUUCCGUCACUCUCAAGUGUAUUGUAAUUUAAUAGCUCAUUGUUAACUGAAAAUGGGUUUGCGAGGCAUUGCCUUUGUCCUCCAGUGUUACCUGAUGUUGGCAGCAGCCAUGUAUUUUGAUCUCGGAGCACAGGAGGAAAAAUGCAUCAUUGAGGAGAUUCCUGAAGACCUGCUGGUCACCGGUUAUUUCUUUUUGGAGCCUUGGGAUUUGAAGACAUUAACCAACUCCCCUCAUCUCGGCAUCACUGUGACAGUCAGAGACCCAAACCAUGAGGUUCUGAUGAACAAACGCUAUGGUAAAUUUGGUAAAUUCACCUUCACAGCUCACGCCUCUGGUCAGCACUACCUUUGCUUCCAAACCAACUCCACAAGCUUUGCUGUCUAUGCUAAAGAGAGGCUGAAGGUACAUUUGGACGUUCAGAUGGGAGAGCACUCGAUUGACCCCAACACUAAAAAGACCAAAGACAACAUGGAAACUCUGGAGAACAGCCUCAGUCACCUCAUAGAUCAGAUGAUGUACAUCACCAGGCAUCAGGAGUACCAGAGGGAGAAAGAGGAGGUGUUUCGUCAGAUCAGUGAGGACACCAACAGUAAAGUUCUAUGGUGGGCCGUGGUGCAGACCUCUAUUCUGCUUUCGGUCGGUUUCUGGCAGAUGAAACGACUCAAAGACUUCUUCAUCGCCAAGAAGCUGGUCUGAUGAUGACCCCUGACCUGUCAGAUCUACACAGUGACCUUAUAGCAUGUCCUGGCCAUACUUGUCCCAGUGUCUAUACUGUAGUCUGCAACAAGUAUACUUUAUGUCUGUAUCGCUUCAAAAGUAAAAGCACUCUCCUCUUAUUGCCAAGCGGGUGGUGACAGAGACAUGGGAUAUAGGAUUAAAAAGUAUGUAUGGCGAAAAUAAGUGUAAGGUCUUGAGAUUUUUUAGAAAAUGUUGUUUGCUGUUUGGCCCCAUUACAAAGCAUAAUAAGCAUAAUAUGAACAAUGUUUAUCAGGAUUGCCCACACAACA